AUGCCCGGCCUCACCAUCCCCCCUGCCUUCCCCUCCAACGUCCCAACCAGCUCGCUUGUUGUUCUCAACUACGAGCUUCUGCGUGCUGGCAACAAGGAUGAAAUCGCCAAGCUCUGGCACGUAGCCACCCAUUUGGGCUUCUGGUACCUCAGCAACCACGGUGUCGACGACGAGGUCGAUGCCAUGUUCGAGAUCGGAGCGGAGACACUCGCGCUUCCAUUGUCAGAGAAAAUGAAGUUCGAACAGGGCGACAACGGCGACUCGUUCGGCUACAAAGCGAAAGGAACCAUUGCCACCGACCUGAAGGGCACCAAGGAUACCGUAGAGUUCCUCAACAUUGCCCAGGACGAUGUACUAUCUUGGCCCCGCCCGAGUCACCGGACCUACCCUUCGACGGUCAACGCACGCAUGGCCAACGGCAUAAUUCCCUUCGUUCGUAAAUCGAUGGCGGUGAACAACACUAUUUUGGACAUCCUCGAGCGUCGAUUGUGUCUUCCAAAGGGAACGCUCGAGGCGCUCCACGACACUUCUUCAAUGUGCGGGAGCGAGGCGCGAGUCAUCAAGACGCCCCCGAACCAGAGCACCGCCGGUAUCGGAGCGCACACGGACUUUGGGACGCUGACCUUCCUCCACAACCGACUUGGGGGCCUGCAGGUCAUGCCACCCGGGACUAACGAAUGGCUGUACGUGAAGCCCCUGCCCGGCCACGCUAUCUGCAAUAUCGGCGACGCUCUCGCGAUCUUCAGCGGAGGCAUCCUGCGCUCAAACCUCCACCGCGUCAUGCCCCCACCUGGCCCACAGGCCCGCUUUGAGCGCUACUCGGUGGCCUUCUUCACACGCCCAAACAACGACGUCGUCCUGCGGCCCAUCAGCGAGCACAGCGCCCUCAUCGCCCAGGCGGCAACACGCCAUCCGCGGGAGGAAUUCUCCACCGGUGCCACAGCGGGCGAGUGGACGGCGCGCCGGAUUAGGAAGCUCAGGUUGAAGAACCGCAAGGGUCCUGAAACUUGGGCCGAGAGCAAGGGCACCGAGCAUCAGCCACCUGCGACCGUGGGGCGUGUUCAGGGAGUCAUUUCUGCGGCAGCAUGA